AUGGACAACUGGAGAGUCGCCGUACUUGGUGACGGUGGUGUCGGUAAAACCGCCCUAGCGGUGCAGGUCAGCAUCUGCACGCGUUCUGCCUGUUUACUUCCCAUUCUGACCUUACCAUCAACCCCUGGCUUCCCAACAGAAACCUACGACCCCACAAUAGAAGAUGCCUAUCGAAAGCAGCUGGUGGUGGAUAAUCGAAUGUGCUUCGUCGAGGUGAUUGACACUGCUGGACAGGAGGAAUAUGCUACCCUGCGCGACCAGUGGGUUCGUGAGGGCCAAGGCUUCAUCUUAGUCUACUCCAUUGCGUCGAGAUCAACCUUUGAUCGGCUCGAGAUAUUCCGCCAGUCGAUGCGACGAGUCAAAAGGGGCGACCCCAUCUUCAUGUUGGUCGGCAACAAAUGCGACAAGACAUAUGAACGGGAAGUAUCCAAGGAAGAGGGUGCCGCACUGGCACGCCAGUUCGGGUGUGAAUUCAUCGAAACGUCUGCCAAGACAGCGCAAAACGUCGAGCGGCUCUUUAUGAACCUCGUGCGAUCGCUACGCCAGACCAGAAACAUAGAACCAGGGGCGCCCGCGACGAGCAAGCCUCCAAAGAAGCAGAAGAACAAGUGUGUUAUCAUGUAG